AUGAAAGAAAUUUCAUCAAUGAUUAUUAAGAAGAUGAAAGAAGUUGCAGAGGCGUAUGUAGGUCAGACUGUUAAAAAUGUUGUCAUCACAGUCCCAGCUUAUUUCAAUGAUUCUCAGCAUAAAGUAACCAAGGAUGCUGCUUUGAUUGAUGGCUUGAAUGUCCUUCGCAUGAUCAAUGAGCCAACAGCACCUGCAAUUGCGUAUGGUAUAGACAAUAUGUUGGGGCUUACUAGGAAGAGGAAUGUGGUUGUAUUUGAUCUCGGUGGUGGCACUUUUGAUGUUUGUAUUCUCACCAUUGAUGAGAUCAUCUCCAAGCCACUUUCAUUUUUUCCACUAAAAAUGGAGUAA